AUGGGUUGUGGUUUUAGUAAUAUAAUUGUAAUUAAUCUUAAUCGAAAUAAUUCAUUUUAUUAUACUGGUGAAUAUGUAAAUGGAACUGUACAAUUAAAUAUUAUGGAUGGAAAAUUAGAAGCAAAUGAAAUAUAUAUAAAAUUAAUAGGUGAAAUUGGUUAUACAACAACUCGUACUGUUUCAGAUGGUAGAGGUAAUACACAUACACAAACACAAUAUCAUCAUGUGCCUUUUUAUUUUUCUAAAUUUACCCUUGCACAACCUGAAGUAGAACAACAACAACAACAACAACAACAAUUAGUUUAUAAUGAAGGACAAUAUUCAUGGCCAUUUCAAAUUCUUUUAACUGAACAUCUUCCACCGACUAUCAAUCGUCCUCAAUCAUAUCCACAUGUUCGAUAUUAUCUACAAGUUGUUAUAGAUAAAGUAUGGUAUAAAUCAAAUACAAGAGAAACAAGAUAUUUAAGUGUAUUUCCUCAUGUUAAUCUAUUACAGAAUCCUCAAUGUUUAAUUUCAACUACAUUUGGUAAUAAAAAUAGAAAAGAUAUUAUUUUAAAAGGAAUUUUAAAUAAAUUAGGAAUGAUUCCUGGAGAAUCAAUUAUUGGCACGUUAGAAAUUGAAAAUCCACGUAAAGUAUUAAUUAAAUGUAUUAAUGUUAUUUUAUUACAAAACUAUCAAAUUGGAGCAAAUUCACGAAAAUUUAAGAUAUUUGAAACAACAUUACCAGAAAUUAUUAAUCUUAAAAAUGAACAAAUUCGAGAAACAUUUUCCAUAAUAAUUCCUCCAAUUGUAUUACCUCCAUCAUAUAACUUUCAUGGAGGUCUUCAAGCAGUUGCCAAUGUUCAUAUUCAUUAUCUAAUUAAAUUUGCAGUUAUAGUCGAAGGAAUAUUUGCUGAUUUUGAUAUUGAUAUACCGAUUAUAUUAGGAACAGAACCUAAUGCUAAUCCUUAUCCAGAUCAACAACAAAUAUUUCAUUCUGUAACUGCUGCUGAAGUUCCGAAUCAUGGACAAACAGAAUUUAAGGAUAAUGAUCCGCCACCUGACUAUGAGUCUGCCGUACGAAAUAUGUAA